AUGCUGCACUCCCAUUUUUUCUCACCCAUCGUCCUGUCCCUCAUCUCAGUCUCUACAGCGUACUACCGCGGCGGGCCUGUUGUUGGUAACAACUUCGGCGUCCCAGGCCGCAAUGCUACCUUCGACUAUGUCAUCGUCGGUGGUGGCACCGCUGGGCUCGCGCUGGCAGCUAGACUUGCAGAAAAUACGUCCCUUACUGUCGCAGUCAUCGAAGCUGGUGGUUUCUACGAGAUUGACAAUGGAAACCUGUCCAUCGUACCAAACCUAGGCCUUGCGUACGAUUUUCCGGGGCUCGCCUUGACUGAUGCUUACCCGACCGUGGAUUGGGGCCUGACGACAACAAAUCAGACGGGACUCAUGGGGCAGAAAUAUCAUUAUUGGAGAGGCAAGACGUUGGGCGGAAGCUCUGCUCUGAAUAACGAGGUCUAUCACCGCGGUUCCACAGGCAGCUACCAACGUUGGGCUGAUCUAGUUGGAGAUGAUAGCUAUACGUUUGAGAAUCUGCUGCCUUACUUCAGGCGGUCGGCGCACUACACGCCUCCUUCCUCAAUACGUCCGGAAAAUGCCAGCGUCCCGAACCCUGAUCCGAGCAGCUUCGAAUCUUCGGGGGGGCCACUUGAAGUGGGCUACAUCAACUUUCCUCUGCCUUUCGGCUCGUGGACGAAGCUUGCAUUCCUGGAAUUAGGAUUUAAUCUCACAUCUGAUUUCAACCAUGGUGAGCUCAACGGGUUGACUCAAUACGUGACGCAGACCAUUGCUCCUGACAUGACACGGUCGUCGUCGGAAGCAUCUUACCUGCAAUGGGCACUCGCAUCGGACAGGCAGAAUUUGCUCGUCUACACACGCACUUUUGCCAAACGCAUUCUGUUUGAUGCCCAAAUGACAGCCACGGGCGUCUCUGUCACGUCGUACGGCCUACGAUUCACCAUCAGCGCUUCCAAGGAAGUCAUCAUCGCAGGUGGUGCUGUUCAUACACCACAACUGCUGAUGGUCUCUGGCAUCGGUCCUGCAGACACCCUGAACGGCCUUGGCAUUCCUGUCGUAGUUGAUAGUCCAGGCGUUGGCCAGAACCUGUGGGACCACGUACUCUUCACCAUUACCUAUCCCGUCAACGUCAUCGGUGGUGGCUAUUGGCUCAACAAUUCAACAAACAACGCCAUCGCGGUGGCCGAGUAUGACAGCGACAGAAGCGGUCCGCUGUCGAACACAGGUUUCGACUACGUCGCAUGGGAGAAACUGCCGUCCGAGUACCGUUCCCGCCUGUCCAGCUCCGCGCUCGCCGACCUCGCCACUUUCCCCUCCGACUGGCCCGAGCUCGAAUUCAUCAUCGGCGACGCCAAUGACGGCACAACAGACACCUCGUACGCUUCCGUCAUCGGUGCUCUCGUGGCACCACUUUCGCGUGGCUUUGUGACCAUAAACUCCUCUGACACGACCGAUCUCCCCAUCUUCAGCCCCAAUUGGCUCGCGCACGACACGGACAAAGCAGUGGCCAUCGAAGCGUUCAAGCGCUGCCGCUCCGUCUUUCAAACCACCGCCGUCCAGCCUGUACUGGCGGGUCCAGAGUUCGCUCCUGGUGCGGCCGUACAGAGUGACGAAGAGAUCUUGGCGUAUAUACAGCAGACUGCGACGACAGUAUAUCAUGCGGCUGGAACGGCCAAGAUGGGGAAUAGUAGUGACACAAUGAGUGUGGUUGAUGGUGGGUUUCGGGUGAGGGGUGUCAAGGCGUUGAGAGUGGUGGAUGCUAGUGUGUUUCCGGUAUUGGUGCCCGGACAUCCAACGGGCACGCUAUAUGCUUUGGCGGAAAAGGCGGCGGAUGAUAUACAGAGUGGACGUUAG